GCAGAUUUCGCAGAGCGGCGCGGAGCUCUGGGCCUGAUUUUGUUCAGUGACCCAUCGGAUUAUGCGCCGCGGGGCAGCGAGGCCGUCUACCCUCACACCGUCAUGAUGCCGCCCUCAGCCGUGCCCCUGGGUACUGCCAAGCUCACGGACGGCGAUCCCCUCACUCCAUUUUACCCGGCAAUACCUAGUGCAUUCCGUAUUCCGGAAGACGAAGCUGCUAUUCCCGGCAUUCCUGUUCAGCCGAUCAGUUACGAAGAUGCUUGGUAUCUGCUGAGUUCGUUGGGUGGCAACUCGGGUCCCGUUGAGUGGCAAGGAGGCCUGAACAUCACCUACAGGACGGGUCCAUCCCUCAGCUCUGUGCGGGUCAUCCAGG